AUGGCGGCGGGCGAGGAGGAGAGCCGCGAGUACCUGCGGCGGCACCGGCUGCCCGAGCUGCUGCACCGCCUCGGAGCGCUGCUGCUCUUCCACCGGCCCGAGCGGCCACGAGAGUUCCUGAUCCAGGUGCUGGAGCGGGUGAAGGCUGGCAGGCGAGCCGAGGGCGAGUACCCGUUCCUCAUGGACGAGGCCAACGUGGAGGCCAUGUUCAGCCUGCUGGAUGUCCUGGGCCAGGGCUCCAUCCGGGCCGCGCAGUACAGGGAAGCCCUUAAAACUUUGGGACUGAGCACUGAGGAUUUAGAGCUAAAAGAUGAUGUGGAGAUCACACUGCAUGAAUUCAAGGAAGGAAUGUAAGUUUAAUUGAAAUUGUGGUAUUGGUUUUUGGUUUGGUUUUUUUUGGGGGGGGCAUAUGCAUAGGAGAUACUUUACUGAGAUUUAUUUUUUAUUUACAAAGCUUACAUAAUUAACAGAUG